AUGGAGGAGGAGUCACUCUUGGAUUUCGCUAGGGCUUUUGGCUUGGUGGUAGCUAACUCGAGUUUCCCUAAGAAGGAGGAUCACUUGGUAACCUUUCGUAACUCGGUGGCUGCAUCGCAGAUAGACUUUUUGCUCCUUAGAAAGGAUGAUAAAGGCUUUUGUAAAGACUGCAAGAGGAAGAAGAAGAAGAGGGUCACUGAUGACCGGCCGAGGAUCAGGUGGGGGAGUUUGACUUUGUCUAGUGCCCAAGAAUUAAGAGAGAAGUUGAUGGCUUUGGAGGCGUGGGAGAUCAGGGGAGAUGCGAGCAGUAUGUGGGAUAGGACGUCCAGUUGCAUUAGAGAAGCAGCUAGAGAGGUUCUAGGAGUCUCAAGAGGUCGUCGUGGUGGGCACCGAGGGGAUUGGUGGUGGAAUCGGGAAGUCCAAGGUAAAGUGGAAGCAAAGAAGCAGGCAUAUGCGAAGGUGAUAGACAGCAAGGAUGACGAAGAGAAGCGGACAAAUAGGGAAAAGUAUAAGAUGGAGAGAAAGGAGGCGAAGUUGGCAGUGUCGGCAGCGAAAACGGCGGCGUUUGAAUGCCUUUAUGCAGAACUAGAGGACAGAGGCGAGGAUAAGAAGUUAUUCAGGCUUGUCAAGGCCAGAGAGAGGAAGGCACACGACCUGGAUCAAGCUCUUAAUAUAGAUGGUGCAUGCAUUUCUAAUCCUGGUAAGAGAGGAAUUGGAGGCUUAUUCAGAGACAAUAACAAGAACUGGGUUAUGGCCAGUGGCGGAGCCACAUAG